AUGGCUGGCAACAGGAAACAAUUGAGAGACCUUCGUCGACGCAAAGACGAGGCCGAUAAUGCGUUCAUGGGCCUUGCCCGGAGACUGAUUGCCAGCAGUCACCGGACCGAACUUGAUGCCUUAUCUACGCCACUUCAGAUUCGCUUCCAGGAAAUGCAGCUUCUCCGGACGGAUUAUCACACCAAGGAAACCGAGUACGAGGGUCUCGAGGUGGAUUUAGAUCAGCUGGAGGAAGAUAGCAAUCGGCUCGAGAUUCGCUUUUUCAGAACGCUGGCUAUGGCCGACAUCACAACUGACAACACAAAGGGACAUCAUUUGCAAGCAAAAGCUGAAGCCCAAGACUCAGUGGGUAUGCGUUCCAUGUUGAUGGGCAUUCUGCCGGAUCGCCCUUCGGUCGAGGUCCACCCACUCUGGACCGAUCUAUCGGAUGCCAUUGCCGAGAUGAACAUUGCCCAAGAAGAAGUGGAGGAUAUCCUUCUGGCUCGGCAAGAGCUCACGUACGAUUUGGGUCUGAAGGAGCGCACCAAUCGUACGGUCAGUGCCAGAGAACUCGAACUCCUGCGCAGCUUUCGAGCGGAUGAGCAAGCGGAGCUGGCACGUCUAGCAGAGGCGACCACCCGAGUUCGCGAGCUUUACAAUCGUUGCAUGGCGGAAGCAGCACCUCAUGAAGAUCCACCUUACCAUAUAGCAUUUGCACUUGGUCUACAAACGGACGACGAAAUCAUUCUAGAUGAUUCUACAUCCGACACGGAGGAGAACUUCUUCUACCGUCGUUAUCCCGCGCUACUAUCUCAGCCUCACCAUCUCCUCGGGCGCGAGCCUUUGACCGUAUUGUCCAACUUGAAGCAGGUUGCCAAGUCGCCCAUGAAUACUGUUGACAGGGGAGAUCAGAUGCGUGCUGCAUUCAAGGAGUACGAAAUAUCUCAUUUACUUCGUGAUACCAAGGCGAUGAACAAGACCGACUAUAUCAAUCGCUGGCUCCUUCAAUAUCUCCGCAUCUCGCCGCUGCAGGUGGAGAUUCUAGCCGCUGCCUUUACGGAAAGCACACACCUCCAGAUUGUAGACACACAGCGCUGGGAGCUGGAUGUUCUAUUCCAGUGGUGGAGAGACGAGGCAGCUAUCCGAUCCGUGGAACACAUUUCGCAGUGUGCGUUGACCGCAACGGUUGCCAGCUCAGCGCAUGGCCCAAAGGACGGGUUGUUAUUCCUUGGGUCGUCUCAUUCCUCUCAAAUCAGAGGCAUGGCGAGCGAACCGCCAAAUAGCACCUUUGCAAAGCACGAUAUUUGGGAGUCUCGAUCCCCUAGAGAGCGGGCGAUGCGAGAAGCUGGCGAGCUUCAAUGGGCAGCUUAG